UCGUGGCUUGUGCGUUUUAGUCUGUUGUGCUAAGACUGGAGACACGAUCUCGUUUGAUUGAGGGUUUGUGUGGUUUAGCUCUUUCCGAUGCUUAUUUUAUCGUUCGAUGGUAGUAGAAAUGGUUGCUUUGGUGAGAAAUUGCUUGGUUUGAAGGGUCGGCUUUUGGUUUCGAAGUGUUUGUGCUGUUUUUUGCCGUAUCUUUUGUUGCCCUUUCUAGAUCCUAAUUUUUUUGCUGCUGUUGGAGAUGAGCUAAAAUGUCUCUCUUCCAUUUACGGAUCUUUUGCUUGUUAGUGAUUUUAUCAGCCUAAAUCAAAGGGCUUCUACAGUGUUGGGAGCUAAGCUCAAUGGUAGGAUCUCGCGAUUGUUUACUGGGAUACUAAAUUGAGGAUUUUGCUUAGGUCGGAUCUUUCUUUUUUAGGUUAAUCAGUUGAUGCUCGGCAGCCUAAAGGACGAUAACACUAGGACAAGCUAUUUGAUAGGUUAUUUAUUGAGGGGAAAGAGUUCUAAGUUACUUACCUACUUCCGUUCUGCAGUAAUUUUUUUUUUUUUUCCUUCUGUCAAAGCCCUUUUCCAGAUCCCUUUUUCGCUCUCAUAAUGCCACUCCAAGGUCGUAUACUUUUUGCUGCACAGCUUUUCUCUUCUUGUCUCCACUAAGUGAUCAUAACAGUUUCCACUAAUAAUUUGGGAUAACCUGUUUGAUUUUCUUGAUUUCUUAUCAAAUUUGUGAUUCUCUACACAUAUUAUGACACUUCAGCAGAAAAGCAUGCUAACUUGUAUAUAGUUGAACAUGUGGUUUCUCUUGAAGUUGCACAUGUAACUACUUCUGUAGAGGCCAUGGCUCCUGACAGAGAAAGGUCAUGCCACCCGUAGAGUUGAUUGGUGGAGAAAUAUUUCUCUAGUUGUUUGCUAGUUCGGAUUCAAGCCAUGGUGUAUGUUAAUCAGUGGUUGCCUGUGGUGAUGGCUUUUAUGAGUUGAAAGGAAUUGAAAUUAGAGGUUUGGAUUUUAAAGUUGAAACGAAAAGCUGAUCAGGAAGAAAAUGAAGCUGCUGAAUCGAGUGAGUGGACAACUAGUCCAGGAUAUGCUGAAGCAGUUAGCAGUCCACUUCUUACUCCAGUAUCUGGAAAAGGUGGUAGAGUGCAUGGCAAGUCAAAGGCUCCAAAAUACAAUAAAGCUGGGCCUCAUACCCCUAUGUCAAAUGCUGGUUCCCCUUCUAGCAAUCCUCUCACACCAGUCGGUACCUGUCGUUAUGACAGCUCUCUAGGACUAUUGACAAAAAAGUUCAUCAAUUUGCUUAAGCAUGCACAAGAUGGCAUCCUUGAUUUGAAUAAAGCUGCAGAGACAUUGGAGGUGCAAAAGAGGCGAAUAUAUGACAUAACAAAUGUUCUUGAAGGGAUCGGGCUGAUUGAAAAGAAACUCAAGAACAGAAUCCGUUGGAAGGGGCUAGAUGACUCAAGACCAGAAGUUAACAAUGAUUUCUCAAUAUUACAGGAGGAAGUUGAAAAUCUUACCUUGCAGGAGCAGAACGUAGAUGAGCGCAUAAGUGAAAUGCGAGAGAAGUUAAGGGAGCUCACAGAAGACGAUAAUAAUCAAAAGUGGCUUUAUGUCACGGAGGAUGACAUUAAAGGACUGCCCUGCUUUCAGAAUGAAACCCUAAUUGCAAUAAAAGCACCUCAUGGCACUACGCUGGAAGUCCCGGAUCCUGACGAGGCUGGUGACUAUUUGCAGAGAAGAUACAGAAUUGUCCUAAGAAGUACUAUGGGUCCAAUAGAUGUUUACCUUGUUAGUCAAUUUGAGGAGAAGUUUGAGGAGAUGAGUGGUGUGGAGACUCCCCCAAGGAAUACGCAGAUGCCAAAUUCAAGGCCUGCUGAAAGCUGUAAAGCAGUGGUAGCUGCAGAGAGUAGCAGAGGUAAGGAGACAGAACUAAAUGUUCAAGAUGGUCAGAGGAUUGCCCUGGACAUAAAUGCCUCACAGGAUUAUCUGGGAGGAAUGACAAAGAUUGUUCCUUCAGAUGAUGAUACCGAUGCUGACUACUGGCUUUUAUCGGAUUCUGUGGCUAGCAUUACUGAGAUAUGGAAAACAGCACCUGAACAGCAAAUUGAUGAGAUAGAUAGAUUCAGCAUGGACGAGUACUUCGCAGGCGAGGUUAGUACACCCCGGCCCCAAAAUCAGCAAGAGUCUGGCGUAAUUGACGCCCCCUCCAAUACAGAUGCAACACAAAGAUAAACGCGGAGAUUGUUCAAGCUGAAUACUGUAGGUAAAAAUCAGAGCUGCUGCUUUCUUUUUUUAAUUGGAGGAAUGAAGUGUUCAUCAAGUUCACUAAAACUAAAUGACACAUAAGUAAACAAGCAAAUGAUUGUCCGAAGCAACAACAUAGUACUUAAGAUGAGGGGGAUGUUGCAUGAUAGAUGUUGUAUAUCUCUUUUAAGUGCAACAACUUUGGGUCGGAAAUUAUAUACCGAAGAGUGGCAUAAGCGGCAUGGAGAAAGCGAAUAUGGAGCAUCCUUUUUUGAGUUCUUGAAAUCUGGAAGGCAGACUCAUCCUCAGCGAGUUGCGUGAUCUAAAUAACUCGAACAUGAGAAUGGUUUUUAGCUACUUAUUCUACAUAUCAAGUAAAUUGAUGGGCCAUAUAGAUAUAUUUUUUCAGAAAAUAUGAUGUUUCUCCUGUUAUUGAACUACAAAUAUUUGAAAUCCAAUGUAUCCGUUGCUUGUGAGAGUUAUGAUGAACUAUAAAACGUAUGUGAUCUAUAGCUAUUGCGUUGUCAAUCAUAAAACACCAACAGGUCUGAGUUUCACUUU